AUGAAACCAAAGCCACCCAUAAUCGUAUGCUUCCUUAUCUCUCUCAUCCUCUCCCUCUCUCUGUUUUUCUCCUUAUGUUCCUUCAAAAUCACCGCCCACCCACCACCCCAAAACCCCAACUCCGACCUCAGAAUCCGACCAGGAUACGCCACUUACAAUUCCUACAUACAACGCCAACUAAACAAGACCCUCAAUCCAAAACUCAGAAAAAUAUGGACAACACGUGACUGGGACCGCAAAAUCCAGGUCUUUGCUGAUUUCUUUAAAGAUUUGAAACAGAAGAACCUUAUUUCCAACGAAUCCAAAGCCUUGUGUAUCGGUGCCCGUGUAGGGCAAGAAGUUGAGGCGUUACGACGCGUCGGAGUGUCAGACUCGGUUGGCAUGGACCUGGUGCCGUAUCCACCCCUGGUUGUAAAGGGUGAUUUCCAUCACCAGCCGUUCGAUGAUGGGACUUUUGACUUUGAGUUCUCAAACGUGUUUGAUCACGCGCUGUUUCCGGAUAGGUUCGUCGGAGAGAUCGAACGGACGUUGAAGCCUGGUGGGGUAUGCGUCUUACACGUGGCGCUUUCUAGACGGGCUGAUAAGUACUCGGCUAACGAUUUGUACAGUGUUAAACCGUUGGUUAAGUUGUUUACGAAAUCUGAGCUUGUUCAUGUCCGGAAAGUUGAUGGGUUUGGAUUGGAUACGGAAGUGGUGUUUAGGAAGAUAAAAAAAGAAGUGAUCCAAGGAUCCUGA